AUGGCCCAAUCCAUCUCAAACGACAAGCGGGAGUCAGCGACCACUGGUCCAGAGCGAACCAAACGCCGCAGCUCCGACAAGGCUCAUCGCCGCGAACUGUGGCCUCUGGAUACCUCCAAGGCCAAUGGGCACACGCGCCGCACGGGGCUAUCUCAGAAGCCGAUAGCAGCCAUGGCGUCCAAGGCAAGUAAGGUCGACAUCAAGCUCGAUCCGAUAUGGGAGGACCUCGAUUGGGCCAUUGGGCAGAUGCUCAUUAUGGGCUGGGAUGGCACGGAAGUCACACCACAGAUCCGCACCUUGAUCGAGGAGCAUCAUCUGGGAUCCAUCCUUCUAACGGCUAAGAAUCUCAAGUCUGCCCACCAGACAGCCAAGCUCGUACAGGAGCUUCAGACUAUCGCUCACAAAGCGAACCACCCACAGCCACUGCUGAUCGCUGUAGACCAGGAAAACGGUGGCGUCAAUAGUCUCUUUGAUGAAGAUUACGUCUGCCAGUUCCCCAGUGCCAUGGGCAUCGCCGCCACGGGCCGGGCCGAAUUGGCUUACGAGGUCAACAAGGCCACGGCAUCUGCCGUCGGAGCCUGUGGCGUGAACAUGAUGCUUGGCCCCGUCCUUGACGUCCUCUCUAAUGCCAGAUAUCAGCCUCUUGGCGUCCGUGCCACGGGCGAUGACCCACAGGAGGUCUCGCAGUAUGGCAUUGCAGCAAUGAACGGCAUCAGAGAUGCUGGGCUAGCCUGCUGCGGCAAGCAUUUCCCGUCAUACGGCAACUUGGACUUCCUGGGUUCCAGCCUCGAUAUCCCUAUGAUCACGCAGACACUCGAGGAACUUAGCCUGAGCGCUAUCGUUCCUUUCCGAAACGCCAUCGCAACGGGGAAACUCGAUGCCAUGUUCGUCGGCGGAUGCGGCAUUUCUAAUCCCUCCAUGAACAUCGCUCACGCUUGUCUGUCGGACCAAGUCGUCGAUGACCUGCUCAGGAACGAGCUGGGAUUUGACGGCGUCGCCAUAUCGGAGUGCCUCGAGAUGCAGGCCCUGAGCCACGACAUAGGCGUUCAGAAUGGAGUAGUGAUGGCUGUCGAGGCUGGGUGCGAUCUCGUUCUGCUAUGCCGCGCAUACGAUGUUCAGCUUGAGGCCAUCCGAGGCCUGAAAUUAGGCCUUGAGAACGGCAUCAUCACCAGAGGAAGGGUCAUGACAUCGCUGAAUCGGGUAGUCAAGCUCAAGUCAACAUGCACCUCGUGGCAGACAGCACUCAACCCGCCAGGCGUAUCGCUGUUAUCAAAGCUCCGGCCUUCACAUUUGGCCCUGUCCACAAAGGCGUACGACGACUCGAUUACUGUCAUUCGAGACAAGGAUCAACUCAUUCCACUCUCGAGGUCCAUGGAUCCCGAUGAAGAACUUUUGCUGCUGACGCCCCUGGUCAAACCGUCGCCUGCAUCCUCGCUUACGAAAAGCCUGUUGCAGUCGAAAGGAGACCAAAGCGGAGCACCACACAUCCACGAGAAAUGGGCACAUAGAGACAGAGGUUCGAUUAUGAGCGGCGAAGGAGUCUUCAGAGACUUUGGCCGAUCGCUGGCUCGGGCCAGGCACGGCAAACUCCUCCAUACAAGCUACACGGCGAAUGGGAAUCUAAUUCAUCGAGCAUCGACAAUCAUUAUUGUGACAGCAGAUGCAAAUCGAAACCUCUACCAAAGCGGGUUCACCAAGCACGUCGAGAUGAUGUGCUCAAUGCUGCGAUCAAGAGGACAGAAGAAAUCUGUCAUGGUCGUUGCUGUCAGCUCGCCGUACGACUUUGCUCUAGACAAGACCAUUGGCACCUACAUCUGCACUUUCGAUUUCACCGAGAACGCCCUAAAUGCCUUGGUGCGAGCCCUGUGUGGAGACUUUGUACCAAAAGGCAGCUUGCCGGGGACACUGAGGAAGAGCAAGAAGGUUCUGAAGUCUCGUCAAAAUUGGAUUGUGGAGGAGUACGACCGAGAGCGAGACGCCGAUGGCCUUCAUGAGCUCAUCAAAGCCACCGCACGAGCGAACUCGGCCGAUCUCGGUUGCCUAGAAACUGCUACUGCAGCAUCGUUUGAGCUCUUUAACCCGAAGAUCGACGAGACGCACUUCGUCGUCCGGAACAGCAGCACAAACGCUUUAUACGGUUUCGCUGCCACGUAUGCCAUUGAUAGGACAGGCAUCCUCGGCGCCAUAUUCGUGGACCCCUCCAAGAGAAACCAUUCCGUGGGACGGUCUCUGCACCGAAGAGCCAUUCGACACCUUACCAAGAAGCGAAGCAUCAAGAAGGUCCAGCUUGGUACCUGUUUCCCAGGCAUAUUUCUCGGCAUCCCCAUUGGGGAGGGCAUCGCCGCUUCCUGGUUCGCAAACAACGGUUGGGACAUUCAAUUUCCAAAACGCCUCACGAAUCUUGUCAUCAACGAUUUGAGCGCUUGGACCGUUCCUGAAGGUCUCUUGCAAGGGAUUCAACGAGCGAGCAUCAGCUUCGAUCUGAUACAUGGUCUCGAUAAUGGUGAUGCCGAACGGGUUCUUUCUCAUGUCAGCCAGCACGCGACUGCUGAGGUGUUGGAGCUGUAUAGGUGUGCCCUUCAGGAGACAAAAGCUUGUGGCAUCGUCCGAGCCAAGAAGGCAGAUGAUACUUUGCUUGGUACGAUUAUAAUUUGCAGCCCUGGGAGCCCGUUGGCAACUUAUGUCCCGCCAUUGAUGCCACGCCGUGGAGAAGGCAUCGGCGGGGUGCUGGCGCCCGUCGUGCCACCGACAUCCCAGGAUGUUCUGGUGUUACAGGGGCUGGUGCUGAUGGGCACACGACAAAACAAGGCGCACAAGUCGGCCAAGACGGUGCUGAGUUGGGUUCAGGAUGCUGCCUACGAACACGUUGUUGCCAUGGGCUUCGAAAUUCUCCAGUCAUUUGAGGAGAUCACGAACACUCCAGAUACAUGGGCCGACCUGAUAUAA